AUGAAGAGUUCGACCAGCCGUGCAAGCAGCUCCGACCAGGCGCUGAAGCGCUCCGCUACGACGUCCAUCGCGACCUCGCGUUCCAGCGGCAAGAAGGCGAGACUGGACGCCGCCUCCGCUGAGCGUAGUUCUGAUAAGUCCAAGCUGGAUAGCACCAUUUCGGAUUCGAUUGGGACGGGGACAUUGAAGCAGUUGAAACGCUCUUUACGCGCACUCAUUGUUGCGCUGCAGGCGGUCGAGUGCGAGCGGGUGGUGCUGGAUCGGAUGUGGUACAAGAAUGCGUCGCAGUUCCAAUCCGCCCUCUGGUGGCGUCACGCCAACUCGCUACGACGUUGCCUACGCUCCCUUGACACCGCUCGCGCACUCACCGCAAGGAUAGCGUUGGUUUAUGCAGAGCUGUGUGGAGCGGAACAACCGGGUUCGAAUCAGGGCUGGCCAGUGUUGCCGCGCGAAGCCAAAUCAACACCACAAAGCCUCGAUGCCGUCCUCAAGUCAGCGCAGACAAAGCAGAGACUCAAGCAGGCCGAGGGAGAGUUGCAAGAGUUAAAGGCGGUGAUAGAGGUGGUGCGCAAAAGAGCCGAGAAGGGCGGAAAAGUGUUGAUGGUCCAUCUCAAUACCCCGCCUGCCCCGACAUUUGCGCCGCUCGUCACGGCGCUGAUCGCGAUAUGUGCCGCCGUGCACCAUCCAACAGCCGCGCUUGAGGGGGAAGAGUCCGCGCUAGACGAACUCAGGAACACCCUGGCACAGCUCCGCACAUCCGUCUAG